CGAAAAACAUUUGGUUACCGAUGAUCGAUCAUGUCGAUGCUUCGCGGUUAUCAUCGAGCUCACUGGGCCCGUUAUCCACAAAACUUGCUGUGAAUAAUAUUUCGUAGGUGUCGCCCCUAAGCACGUGCAUGUUUUAAAACGGUGUUUUCGAACCGGUAACGUAUGAGCAGUUCUUUACAAGGAAAGAAAGGGGCACGUGCGAAACCAUGAGCGAACACAUGAAUAUAUAUACCUUCCACGAGAGUUUCGAGGAAAGACUAGAGGAGUACAUUGAGAUAUUGACGACGGAGGGGAAAGUGAUACCCGCCUCGCAGAUCCACGAGGAAUGGUCGUGCGACGUGGAGCUCGUCAUAGAACCGGUUGGCUGGCAGGCAUUCUGGAACAUACCGCGUUCCACGUGCGAAAAUUAUCACAUUCGUUAUCCGACGGUAGUCCUGGUGGAGGUACUGGGGACGGAUUAUCCCACGCUGUGCGCCAGUGUGAAGAUCACAGCCGUUCAGGAUGAUAUACAGCUGCCAGAGAAGCACGAAGUGCCACUGAUCGAACUGUAUCCCACUAUCAAACAGAAGAAUACCUCCCUCGACAUAUUAGGCACUGCACACUGCGUGGAUCGACUGCGGCUCUUCUAUAACCACUUGUGGAUGCCAUGGGAUGAGGAUGACGACGACGACAUUGAUUGGGUGGACCAGCAUCUGAGAUCAAGGCUCAGAUUGUACUACGACAUGCAAGGAGUCAUCAAUAAAGAAACGUGUGAUAUAAUCAAGUCGUUACUCAGCGAAGGGAGAGAGAUACGAAACAAGAUUACGAUAUUAGAGUGCGCAUUACCUGACGACGAUGACGCCCCGCAGGAAGAGUUGGCAAAGGAAACGUGUGCGCUCAUGCAGCUUCAUCUACGGCUUCAGCAGAUCAAAGCAGAGAUAGACGUGCUGGAGAACCCACAAAUGAGAGACCUUCUUUGGAAAAACCGAUCCCUGGAAAAGAAGAAGAAACGGAGUAAUAAUACAGACAAGGACAAGAGCUACUACCUUGUGUGGGAGGGUGGUACAGUUAAACAAUUGCAGGAAGUUUCCAACAAGAUUCACACAAUGUUGCCUGAGGAUAUGUCCAUUAAAAUUUGUGGAUACUUGGAGGAUGUUCUCGACAUAAGCGAGGUGGGUGAUACUAUUUUGCUAGGUGAAGGGAAACACCCUAUCAAGCAUUCCAGUGGACUGGGAGAGAAGGGCACGAUCAUAGGAAUCCAUGAUACGGAGAAAGUUAUUCUUUCUCCGAGGGAAUCAGAUGUUUCAUCAUCUUUGCUGAAUUUUCACGGCACCGAGAUCCUGCUGAAAAAUAUCUGCAUUGAUUUGGAAGAACUUCAGGCGGGCAUAAUCAUCAGGAAAGACUGUACUGCGGUCAUGACUAAUUGCAGAAUAUGUGUCUCGAGUACUAAUCCAAGUAGCGUUAAGUGGGGUGUAAUUGCUAUGCCGGGUGCAAAAUUGGUAUUUAACAAGACAGUUUUUCAAGGAUUAGGAACCGCAGUCGUCACUUAUGCAACCAGUGAAGUGAUCCUGAACGAGUGCCGCUUUGAGAAAUGUUACGAGGGAGUACGGCUCACCGAUAAUGUUCGCUUUACCGCGACCGAGUGUUCCUUUAAUAAAAUCGAGUCCUGUGCUGUAGUAAUGGAAUCUGAAACCGUAAAUCGUUCGGGGACGAAAAUAGGAAGUGAGGAGAUAUUCGGCGAGAUAUCGGAAAUCUCGUUCAACGAAUGUAAAUUUGACAAAGAAAAAAGUUUCAUGUUAAAACCAAAAAGCGCCUCUGCUUUGAUGACUUUGAAUAAGACGGAAUCGUGAUGCGACCGCGUUACUCGUCAUAAUAAAUUCUUGUAAAUUGUACAUCACCUCGAAAAUGCAAAUUUUUCUAUGUAGAAAAUGGACUUUAUAAAUUUUUAAAUUUUUCUAUGAAAAUACACAUCGUUACACGCAAAUGUUUCACGUUUUCUCAAUAAAUAUAGUUUAUUCCUUUUUA